UACCCUCACCUCACCCGCAAGUACCCUACACCCAUUUACCGCCCUAUGUGUCCUUCUAGGACUCUUGCAAAUAGUCACUCUUGAGUCGGUUGGUGUGGAAUUGCGCUUCAUUGACCCUGGGCGAGACGUUUGUAGGACCAUCUUGCACAGAUUUGUGGAAGAAAAGACGCGAAAAGAUUGAUUGAGAGGGUAGUGGUGAAUAUAAGCGUACUGAUGGCGUGCUGAUAGUUCUUUUCAUGUAUGAAGUAUCAAGAUAAUUAAUUAGGUGGUAGAGUGCUUUCACACAGCAUUAUAAACGUAACUAUUUCUCUCUGCCUCUCCUUCUUCACCACUCCAGACUUCGGGCUUAUACCCCUGAUCACCCUCAUCUGUUCCUUCAUCGCUGUCGAGGGAGCUGUACAUAACUGUUAGCUUUCUUCUCUCCGAGACUUUUUUUCGUACUUCGAAUACUACAGAAUCUGCGCCUCUCCAUCACAAUCCUUACUUCCCAUGACUUCCUCUCCACUUUUCCAUCUUUCAUCUUCGGAGAGCCACAUUUGAAGGUGAAAUCCUCCUUUCUGCCAUAGGCGGACUUUCUCAUGGUAACUGCAUCAAUAAAACCCCUAAUUAUUUGACUAUAGAAUGAAUUGGACCGCUAUUGCGGGUGACUUGAAUUUCGAAAACUUCUAUGUCGGGACAAUAAUCCGUGUUGAUGCGUUUCCAAGCGUUGACUGCAGGGUUUCCAUCGACAUGCCUGCAAUCAAGCAGGCAGAGGUUUCGCAGACCGGAAGGAAGAAUGCCGUACUCUAA